GUACGUUCUCCCGAUGGGGCCGAUUUCCUCCGCUCUGUGUGCCUAGCCGUUUCCUGUUUAAGGCUCUCGGCGGCGUACGGACUUACCAUGGCGGCAACAGAAAUAGCUCGACAAGCGGGAGAAGGGGUUAGAAGCCUUCCAUUGUCGGGUCAUGUGGGGUUUGACAGUAUGCCAGACCAGCUGGUCAACAAAUCUGUAAGCCAUGGGUUCUGCUUCAACAUCUUGUGUGUGGGUGAAACUGGACUGGGAAAGUCCACCCUUAUGGAUACAUUAUUUAACACCAAAUUUGAAGGGGAGCCAAACUCGCAUAGCCAGCCAGGAGUACAAUUGAAAUCCAACAGCUACGAGCUACAGGAGAGCAGUGUGCGCUUAAAGCUUACAGUAGUGAACACUGUAGGCUUUGGUGACCAAAUUAACAAGGAAGAAAGCUAUAAGCCUAUUGUGGAGUUCAUCGAUGCACAAUUUGAAGCCUACCUUCAAGAAGAACUGAAGAUUAAACGUACACUGCACAAUUACCAUGACACACGCAUUCAUACUUGCUUGUAUUUCAUUGCUCCCACUGGCCAUUCCUUGAAGUCUCUUGAUCUGGUCACUAUGAAGAAACUUGAUAGCAAGGUUAAUAUAAUACCUAUCAUUGCAAAGUCAGAUGCAAUUUCAAAGAGUGAGCUUACAAAAUUCAAGAUCAAAAUCACUAGUGAACUUGUCAGCAAUGGCGUCCAAAUCUACCAGUUUCCCACUGAUGAUGAGACGGUAGCGGAGAUCAAUUCAACAAUGAAUGCUCAUUUACCCUUUGCUGUCAUUGGCAGCACAGAGGAGGUAAAAAUUGGAAAUAAGAUGAUGAAAGCUCGUCAGUACCCCUGGGGAACAGUGCAAGUGGAAAAUGAGAGUCAUUGUGACUUUGUGAAACUGAGAGAGAUGUUGAUUCGUGUAAAUAUGGAGGAUCUACGGGAGCAGACGCAUACUCGCCAUUAUGAACUAUACCGACGGUGCAAACUUGAAGAGAUGGGAUUCAAGGAUACAGACCCUGACAGUAAACCUUUCAGCCUGCAGGAAACUUAUGAAGCCAAACGAAAUGAGUUUAUGGGAGAAUUGCAGAAAAAAGAGGAGGAGAUGCGGCAGAUGUUUGUUCAGCGAGUAAAAGAAAAGGAAGCUGAGCUAAAGGAAGCAGAGAAAGAGUUACAUGAAAAGUUUGACCGGUUAAAGAAAUUACAUCAGGAAGAGAAGAAGAAACUGGAAGAUAAAAAGAAGGUGCUUGACGAUGAAGUAAAUAGCUUUAAACAGAGAAAGACAGCAGCAGAGCUUCUUCAGUCUCAAGCCCAACAAGCAGGUGGCUCUCAGACCCUGAAGAGGGAAAAAGAAAGGAAAAACUUCUUUUAAUCUCUUUGCCAACUACCUGAAGAGAAGAUUUCAGCUUCUUCAAGCCUCUCAUCCUUAUUCACAGAGAGAGAAUUUGAUUUAAACUGUUUAUUUCUGUGUGCUCCCUGAAUCUUUAUAUGUGACUUACAAGGUGUUUCAUCAAUUAUUCAAAAAAAUUCAGCUUUGCAACUAUUCCUCAGGGCUUUAAAAGAUCUACCAUCCUGGGUCUAAUUUUUUUUUUUCCUCUUUUUAGGUCAAAAAAGUCUUUAAGAACCUGUAUGAGAAAAGAAUGAAAUAUAGGUCAUCCAAUAGAACUAAUGUAAUCUGGAGAUUUAGAAUAUUGUGUAGUCUUACAAAAACUCAAGGAUUAAAAGAGCAAAUACAUAAACUGAAAUGCAGGACGGGGUAUUUCAUAUUCAGCAGGACUCAUUAACAAAUAUGUUGUUUUUCUUCUAAUUUGUAAUAGUUGCUUUUGUAAACACUAUGUGGACAUUCCAGAGAUCCACUUGACUUUGAAAAGCUAAUGCCUAAUUUAUUUUGUGAAACUGCAUGUAUUUCAUUCCAAAAAUAUUUCAAAAGGUGACAGAAAAAAAUAAAAUUUUAUUAGACAUAAGGUUUCAAAUACCAUGUAGGUCACAUAUCACUCCCCUAAUACUUUAUGCAUUUGGCAUAUUCUGUCCAGAAUAUUCUGUAUUGACUUUGCACGUUUUUCACUGUAUGCUGUCUAACGUUAUUUUAAAUUAAGGUUUCUGUUUUUUUUCUUUUGUUCUGUUUUUGUUUUAACAUUUAUACUGCUUGAUUUUUUUUUUUAAACAGAAACAAACCAGCACUUAUUUGCCUUUUUUUCUUUUAAUACAAUGUUACAGGUAAAGCAAAAAAAUGAUUUGUGUGUAAUUAUAUCAGUGUCAAAGUGUUCAGUCUUCUCCUCAAAUGUAAAAAAAGAACUAACUUGCCAACUCAUUUUAUAUGAACAUACAAGGAAGUUAAGCAAAAUGCACCCAAAAUGAUUGAUAGUUUACAAUACUAGACCAAACAGAUUUUGUGCAGUAACAACUAAGUUGAAAAUAUGAAUUAAAAAUUAAUAACAUCACCAUCCUAAUUGCUGUUCUCCAUGACAAAUAAUUUUCUUCCAUAAUCUCCUUAGUGUUAUGUACUUAAUUUGUGAUGCUAUGUAUGAAAUUUAAAUCUCCUUUAUUGUUAAACAUUUCACUGUGACUUGAUGCCAUACUUGUACAUCCUAAAUAAAACUUUGAAAUUUAA